AUGUCUCUUCAAGCUUCUUCAUUAAACGACCUGGCUGAUACUUUAAUUCAAAAAUUGACUAGAGAAAACAUUUUUCCUCCACAAUACAAUAACCCUGAACAUUUGUUGAACGAUUCAAAGCGUAAUAAGUUGAGACCACCCAGACCUCCUAAUGGGUUCUUGCUUUGUCGUAAGAAUGUUCAUCAAGAGGCCAAGAAGAGAGGGAUUUGUAAUAUGCGGGUCAUCUCCAAGGUUACUGGAAUGUUGUGGCGCGCCGCAACGUUAGAUGAGAAGGAAGAGUACGAGAGACUCGCUAUAAAAGUGCACAACCUUCACUCUCAACGUUAUCCCGGAUACAAGUAUCGUCCCGCCGCGAGGGAUAGGUCCGAACCUUACAAUCCUUAUGUGUUCUCCUCAUCUCCUUCACCAACGACAUCAUCAUUUAUCGGAUACACCUCCAUGAUCUCUUCAAGUGUUGAACAACCAAUUCAUCAAGCUUCUUCGAAUUCAUUCACUGCCAAUCCCAUCAACAACUUGUUUGACUUUACGCAAGAACAAUUGGAACUCAUGACGCUUUACCUUGGUAUGUCGAAUAACAGUAUCAACUCUACAAAUGAGAAUGCAGCCCAAUACCUCAAUAGUUAUGGAUACAUUUUAGAACAUCAGUAA